ACCGGUGUGGAGGAAUGUUAUCUUUGGAGAAGAUAAGAUGCCUGUAUUGGUUGACGACAUUGUUAAAAUAUUUGAUUGUGCACUUGGAUUGAAGGGAAAACCAAAAUUGUUUUUCAUACAGGCUUGCAGGUCGAGACAAGAAAACCCCGUGUGCAGUUCAAAAUAUGACUUCGGUCACUGGAUUUAUUCCAAAGUAGACGUUACUGAAGACGUAGAUAACUUAUAUGGAGAUAUAAAAGAAAAAGCAUUACAACAUCCAAAGCCUGUGGAAGACAGCAUGCCAGGUAGUUCUCUACAAACAAAAAAGGACGAAGAAAGUAUGUCGACAGUCAUAAUGCGUCAGAUGGAAGAUGGUCGAGGCGAUUUAGAGGAAGAAACUUUCCUUGAAACAUCUUUUGACAUUAUCCCCAUCAACUGUCCCGAUGAUUUCCUAUUUAUGUAUCCUGUUAUGCCAGGAAAAUCAGCAAUCAGCGAUUCCAUGGGCUCCCUUUUACUUCAAUUUAUGUGCAAAGGUGAAAAUGUGGAAAUGUUGAUCAAGGGCAAUAGCUUGCUACAGUAUCUGACUUAUGUUAGCCGAGACAUGGCCGCCGCCGAAUAUCUACCAGAUCUUGAGAUGACUUCUGAAUCAGAGGAGGACAGAAUAAAGAGGCUAAGAAAAUAUCUAUCGCAUAGUAUAAAAAAGCUGAGUGAAGACAAACAACUGGUUAUUAAAGAGCUUCGAGCAAGUCACGCUGAAAACAUAAAAACAAAAGAUGACCCAAUACUUGUUGAAAGAUAUUUGAACGACAAUUUGGAAAACUUUACCGUAACAGAAAUGCAGGGACUUCUGAAACACCUGAUGCCUUUAAAGAUGUGUGCAUGCAUUAUUCAUCGGCUUAGAGGAGAUAUUUUACUCACUCCCAAGAGCAAGAAAAGCCCGAUGGCAAAACUUUUAGAUUAUUUCAGAAAAGUGCUGAGCCCCCGCCAGAGUAGAAAAGCUCAAACGUGAAUCUAUUUAUGUAGACAACCACCAUUAAAAUUGUACCUUUUUAACAUUUGACAAACGUGACGUUUGAAUUUUCCAAUACAGGACUGCUUAAAAUUCAUGAACAAUUUACAAGACAAAAUUAGGGAGAUACCUUACGCUAUUUUUCAAGGAGAGUAAAUUUCCUCUGUCGAUUGUCGUAUCUGGCUGUUCCAUUCAUCAGCCUAGUGUCUCCAAAGUAAAAACCAAACGAGUUUACAUGAAAAGUUCAACUUUUAAGUGUCGAAUAUAUCUUUAAUUUCAAUUAUUAAUUUAACUAUUUAAACUUACGUAUCACUCUGGAUUGUAUAGUGUUAUUCUGUUAAAGUUUACAUAUAUCGGCACAUUUUGUUCAAAUCAUUUUCUCUUUAUCAGUUUCCUGAAGGCAUAUAUUAGCGAAAGAAAUUGGUGGUUAUAAUAUAUUGAUUUUAGAACUGUCAUGCAAAUUGCCAUAUAUGAAUUACAUUUCAUAUAAUUAUCUAAUUCUAGUGCAACUUUUCUUACUAAUUUCCAACAAAAAAAUACCUAUAUGUUUAAGCUAUAAGUAUCUCGAAUUUUAAUGCCUUAAUUAAGUGAAGUACCUUUGUAAGAUAUUUUCAAGAAAACUUAAAAAGGACCCUAUAUUAAAAAGUAGCAUUGAAAUAAAUGUAAAAGUUUUGUAUUGUAUUCUGAUAUCGGUAAGAUUUGUGUUACUUAGAUUUUUUUAAACUAAUUCCAAAUGCCAGUUAAUAAUAUAGUAUUUGUUCGUACAUAUAUAAUCAUUUUCUAGUUGUGUUAUGCUUGAAAUGAAACACAAUUUAAAGCUAUUUACACUAAGUACACAUGUAUAUUAAGUUUAUGUAAACUUUUAAUGUUGUGAAACUUAUUGUUUAUAAAAUGUUUCUUUUCAUUGAAAAUAUGAUCUAAUCGCACCAUUAAAUGCAUGUACUAAUGACGUUAUUUUUAAUUAUGACGUACCAUUUUUUUCCACUGUGUAUAUUUAUUAUUUGUAUAUCAAUAUAUAAGUGAUGGAACCGACUGCUGUGUACCAACAUCUCCAUUUUAUUUCACCAUUAUACCGGCAUGUAAUGUAUAAAUCAUUGAAAUCUAAAUGUUACAUGGAGAUUAUUGUCAUUAUUGGAGAGAUCAAAACGGCAUACAUUUUUGCGUUUCUUAUUGAAGUUAAUGAAUCUCAUUUAAAACCUAAAAUCAUCAGAACCAUUCUACAAUAAAAUGUUAUGCUCACUCUCCGCUUCAUAAUACGACUUUAUUAAAACGAAAAUAUACAUGGAGAUGAACAAAUCGGUAUAAGGAAAAAUCGGAACAUAUAGUUUACGUUAAAUUAAACACGAGUGAAGAGUGACAGUUUUUAAUCCUGUGAACUGUAUAAAUUAAUUUUUGAUUUCUGAAAAGCAAUUUACUAUUUCAUGUUUCGAAAAAUAAGGACAGUAAACACUAUUGCUACAAUAUCCCUAAUCACCAUCAUAUGACCGACUAAAUCCUGUACCGAAAUUUUGCUGCCGAAUUCGACAAAUCAGAUAUUCUUACUUUUCCGUAAUUUGAACAAUAAAACAUAUCUGACACAGCUGCAAAAAUACCUCUCGCAUGCUUUUUUUAAAAGGAGCAAACUUGUAUAACGAUACAGACUGUCGUGUAGCGGUAACACCAGAACAUGAUUUUGUGAUUUUCCAUGCUACUCCAACAUGGACUUGAUAUAUAGAUGAAAAACAAUAUACCGGUUUAAAAUACAUGUAUCAUUAAAUCAACAAGUUUAUGUGAUAAAACUAAACAAAACAACAUUACUAUCCAUAAACUAACAAAAUUAAACAUCGUGACUACGUGACAACCUGAGGAAAUAAUUAAUGGCAUCAAGCAUAUGGCAUGAAACUAAGAAAAUUUCUUGGGUUUAAUGUCAUAUGCUUGGGCCAUUUAUCAUUGAAAUAAAAUGUAAAAAUAAUAUACAGUAAAAACCCUCAAUUAAGACCACCAUCGGGUCUGGACCAAAGUUGUCUUAAUUGCGGGGUGGUCUUAGUUUUUGGAUAUUCUUAUCAUUGCUUACACACGUUAUGACCAGGGCGUAUUUUAGUCAUUUUGUAUGAACAAACAAUUAAUAUGUAUCUUAACCUUCAAAUACAAUAUGAAAGUAUGUUAAUACAUCUGAUGAGAAGAAAACUUAUUUCUGAAGAAAUUUUUUAAUAUCAAAUUUUCUUUGCUCUGAUUUCAAUAUUUAUUCUGUAUGAUGUACAUAAUUCAAAAAAUCAUGUAAGACAUUAUUUUUUCACAAAAUAAAUGUGCAUACAGCACAAUUAAACCUCUCUGAAAUUAACUUUCUCACCUUUUUCAUGAAAUAUCCCAUAAAUAACAGUUUUGACACCUUGUGUAAUCAAGUGUCAUGCCUAAGAGCAAUCAAGCAGAUAAUAAAAACAUCACAACACAUUUAAGAUCUAGGAAGGUGUUGAUUUUAAUAUCAGUGGUCUCAAUAGAGAGGUCAAAUAAAGAACAAAAUAAUGAAUUGGGACUGAAUUUGGUGGUCUUAAAAGUGGAUUAGUGAGGUGGUCUUAAUUCUGGAUUGACAUAAAGAACAGAAAAUUCCGUAGAAUCUCUACUAAAGACCACCUCGGAAUUAAGACCACCCCGCUUUUAAGACCAGUUUUUAAAAGAACGGAAUUUUCUGUUCUUUAUGUCAAUGGUGAGAAAGUAAAUUUCAGAGAGGUUUAAUUUUGCUGUAUGCAUAUUUAUUUUGUGAAGAAAUAAUGUCUUACAUGAUAUGUGAUUUAUGUACAUCAUACAUACUAGUAAUUAAUAUUGAAAUCAGAGCAAAGAAAAUUUGAUAAUUAAAAAAUUUCUUCAGAAAUAAGUUUUCUUCUCAUCAGAUGUAACAUUAUAACAUACUUUCAUAUUGUAUUUGAAGGUUAAGAUACAUAUUAAUUGUUUGUUCAUACAAAAUGACUAAAAUACGCCCUGGUCAUAACGUGUGUAAGCAAUGAUAAGAAUAUCCACAAUUAAGACCACCCCGCAAUUAAGACCACUUUGGUCCAGUCCCGAUGGUGGUCUUAAUUGAGGGUUUUUACUGUAUAACUAAAAUCAUUUGAUUAUAGAUAAAUCAAACUAACAAGAAUAGAUGUAGCAUUUCAUACAGAUGUAAACAGAUAGAUAUUUACGGGAAUCAAAAUCCAUCCUGACUGGCCAUUUGUGAUCUUCAUCCUUACCAUUCAUUUUUCCUAAUUAUAAUGCAAAAUUGUAAACAUAAAGUCCAGCUCACAAAUUUAUGUCCAAUUUUUUAAAUGUCCCGUAGUUCUUGUGAUAACUCUGAAGAUGUCCUAGCUUUCUUGUGAUGACUUUUGUUACUACCAUUGUGUACCUUGCGCUAAAUCACGGCACAUUUUAGCGUUUUCAAUAUUCAAAUUAUGAAACUCAAUACGCUUAUAAAUCCUUUGCACAAAAAAACGGAUAUAUCAUGUUGGUUUUAGUGUAUUGUAGUACAAAAGAUAUUAUUUUCAAUGUUUCAUUUCGUAGACCGGAAAAAGGAUUGGUCUAGAGCAGUGUCUAACGUGAUAAAAUAAACCUUUGAAAUCAAUACUCAAGCAUGGUGUCUUCAAGUAUACAUUAAAGGACUUUUUGUUACAAUAAUGCAAAGAUUUGGAAUAGAACACCAUCUAAUAUACGUUCUUCAAAUUCUCUGAGAUCUUUUAAAGAUAAGUAGAAAAGACUAUUUUGCAAAUAUAAUAAAUAUCUUUAUAACGCUGUCAUUAAUAUAAUACUAAUAAAAAAACAAAAUCUAAA